AUGUCUGUCGAGACCGAACGCGCCGCAUCUCUCGUGGAUGCUCAGAAAAAGGCCAUUGAGCUCUUCAACGAGAUUGAACGAGACCUCAUCCGUCCUGGAAUUAGUGAGAAGGAACUCAACGACAAGAUUCACGCUUUGGGAGCUGAGCGCCAUGGAGUGAGGACACACUGGCACAAGCGAGUCAUUCGAAGCGGACCCAACACAUUGAAGCCAUUCGAGGAGAAUCCCCCAGACCGAAUCAUCGAGGAGGAUGACAUCCUCAUUGUCGACCUUGGACCUGUGUUUGAGGCGUGGGAAGCAGACUUUGGACGCACAUAUGUCCUCGGCGAUGACCCCCAUAAGAUCAGACUUCGCGAUGCCCUCCAGCCCAUCUGGGUAGACGUCAAGGCGAAAUAUGACAAGAACCCAGACAUGACUGGAGAGGAGCUCUACAAGAUUGCCUCUGCUGCCGCAGAGAAGGAGGGCUUCACAUUUGGUGCCCCCAUUGCGGGCCAUCUUGUGGGAUCGUUUCCGCAUGAACGCAUUCCUCGCGACAAGAUCAGCUUGUACAUUGCUGACGGAAACAACAACUCGAUGAACUCGACUGGAAAGGAUGGACAUAAGAGGCAUUGGAUUCUCGAGAUUCACCUUCAUGACAAGGAACGUGGGUUCGGAGGCUUCACUGAGCAGCUUCUGACAGCAGAGUAA